AUGGCUGACGAUAAACCCAACUGUAAGGUCGUUCUCGCCAACAACAUUGCGAAAAGCUUGUUGGAAGAAGUCCGCGAUGGCCUCAGCAAAAUCAACAAGAAACCGCUACUCGUUGGCUUCCUUGCCAGCUCCGACCCAGCUGCCAAAGUCUACGCAGACUGGACAGGCAAGACAUGUGUUGAAAACGGCUUCGACUUCUCCCUCCGCACCCUCGACCGCGAAAACCUCGAAGAUGCCCUCCUAACCGCAAACGCCGACCCCUCCGUCUCAGGAAUAAUAGUCUACUACCCAAUCUUCUCCUCGCGCCAAGACCAAUACCUGCAACAAAUCGUCUCCAUCGACAAAGACGUCGAGGGUCUCUCCCACCGCUACAUCUUCAACAUGUACCAGAACAUCCGCUUCCUGGACCCACAAAACACAAAGAAGAGCAUCUUGCCUUGUACACCACUGGCGGUCAUCAAGAUUCUGGAGUAUCUGCGGAUUUACAAUACGAUUCUGCCGUAUGGGAAUCGCCUGCAUGGACGGACUAUUACGGUGAUUAAUCGCAGUGAGGUUGUGGGGAGGCCGUUGGCGGCGCUGCUGGCGAAUGAUGGGGCGACUGUUUAUAGUGUUGAUAUUGCGGAUGUUCAGGAGUUUACAAGAGGUGCUGGGUUGCGCAAGCGCCGUCAUGAGGUUGUUGAGAAGCCGGGUUGGACGCUGGCAAACUGCCUGCCACUCAGUGAUGUGGUCAUUAGCGGUGUUCCGGGCGACAAGUUCAAAGUGCCGACGGAGCUGAUCAAGGAUGGAGCCGCGUGUAUCAAUUUUAGUAGUGAGAAGAACUUCACACCAGAGGUCAAGGAGAAGGCGUCGAUUUAUGUGCCGGCGAUUGGCAAGGUUACGAUUGCCGUCUUGUUGAGGAAUUUGCUGAACAAGAUUGAUGCUGCUGCUCAGGGUGUCGAGGAGACCUCUUCUGUUCAGCCUGUGGUUCCGUCGACGGCUUGA